GACUUUAUCAGGUUCAUGUCUUUACUCGCCGACAUUCGCGAAGCUGUUUAUGCGCUCACAGGUUGCUGCUUCCCAGCGCAUCCAGCAAUAAAAGUGAAUGGAAGAACGUAUCGAAUAAUAAAGCUUCUCGGAGAAGGAGGCUUUUCUUUUGUCUACCUCGCAGAAGACCAAAGUGGUCGUUUAUUUGCCAUGAAAAAGAUACGCUGUACGUUUGGUACAGAGACUGUCGAUGAGGCUCUUAAGGAAGUUGAAAUGUACAGAAAGUUUCCUCACCGAAAUAUCAUUAAAGUUCUGGAUACUUGCACACAAAGCGAGCCGGAUCAAACAAAAGCUGUUUAUAUUUUCCUGCCAUUCUACAGGAAAGGCAACUUGCAGGAUGCUAUAAACAACCACAAUCUCAACAACACCUUCUUCUCUGAAAAAGAAAUGCUUAGACUCUUCAGGGAUGUAUGCAAAGCUGUCAAGGUAUUGCACACCUACAAAGUGACCGAGGGCAGUGGUCGUGCAACCUCCAUGAGUGAAGACGACGAAACCGAACACACUGAUAUAGGACAGGAACAGCCGAGUCAGGCAUUAUUAACCAACGAGGAACAACAAGAAGAGGAGCCGGCUACUGUGAAUGUUUCAAGUAUGGAAACGGAAAAUGUUGGAGAGUUCGUCCCAUAUGCCCAUCGCGACAUAAAGCCCGGAAAUGUGUUGAUUGCUGAUGAUGGAAAAACGCCUAUUCUCAUGGACUUUGGAUCUGUCGCCCGAGCUAGAGUCAACAUCACAAAUCGACAAGUGGCUAUUGCACAACAAGAUUUAGCAGCACAGCAAUGCUCAAUGCCUUAUCGUGCGCCUGAAUUAUUCGAUGUUAAGACAGACUCUGUUCUGGACGAGAAAGUCGACAUUUGGUCAUUAGGAUGUACUCUGUAUGCGAUGGCUUACGGACAAAGUCCUUUCGAAGCCAACAUGAAUGAACAGGGUGGCUCGAUGGCUCUUGCUGUGUUGAAUGGACAGUUUAAGUUCCCAGCCGACCCACAAUUAGAACGUCUCUAUGGGCAAGGACUGCGUGAUUUCAUAACUUGGAUGUUGUCGAUCAAUCCCAGCCAGCGACCCGACAUCCAUCAGGUUAUUGAGAGAGCAGAGCAGUUAAUGCAAACUGCUAGAGAGGCACAAUAAAAAUCUCUUAUAGGAUGAAGUCAUGAUAGAGAUACAUGUUUAUCAAGUCUAUGUCAAUAAUACAAGUUUUAUGACCAAAAUUUAUAGCAUCAUA